CGCAUCCAUCAGCGUGCACAUGCUUGUUCAAGAACUGACACGUGGACGUUUGAGUGUGCCAUCUGAUCGGGGCGAGUGGUCGCCAAUGGAACGAGAUCCGCAAACACACCCCGAGGGAGUUUAAUGUCGUCGACAAGCAUCGCCAUGACACCCGAGAAACACAUGCACUUAGCGAAACCCUUUCCACCUUGUGCGAGAUCGUUGCGGCAUCAUGACGGUCAAACGUGGAUCGACGAUGCAACCGAGGACGACUUCAAGGACGACCCAUGGACGACCGUCGUCCCUUACAUGAACCGGCAUCUCGACGAAUGGAACGAAAAUGACUGGAAGGCGAUGGAGCGUUCCUGCCCACGGGCAAGCCAUUACAAGUUUGCAAACAUGUUGGAGUUCGGGAGCCUCAUUGCGCUGCCUGAUGGUGUCCUCCGUCGAAAGACUCUGGACGAUAAGGGUAAACCGGUCCACUUCAUUACCAACUUCAGACGUCGCCUCCACUGCGAGUAUAUCACAUCUUCGCCACGAACUUGGGGAAGUUCGCAGAAGCAAGAGUUUGUGGACUGCGCUCGUCAUUGUUCGUUCGUGGAACACUACCCACCCCGUUGCCCAGGGACUUCUCCACAAGCUCUGUCGUACUGUUGUGUGCGGUUGACGGAUGACGGAUGUCCUUUCUCCAAAGUGCUAUGUGUGGCUUCUUCAAGCAAAAGUAGGAAACUUAUGGAUGCAGUUGUGCUUGGGUUACACAACGAGAUGGUGCUUCAGGGAUCCAAGUUCAAGGCGGUCAUGUCUCGCCCAGAUGUAGAUGGGCGGUCAGACUUGGUGAGAUCAGGUCAGUGUGCAGACUUUCCUCUUCUGACGUACUUCGAAAACAUGGAUGAGAUUUUGGGCUUCAUUGAAAUAAAAGUCCCUGGACAACUGGCGAUCAUCACAAAGGGAGGAGCGUUUCCUUUUCAGUAUAAGAGAAUCUACAGGAUCAAGGCGGGAGGACGAACAAUGUUUGUCAUCAUGGUAAGGUUUACUGAUCAAAACAUUUUCGACAUGCGAAUAUAUGAGUGUCGGGGGGAAAAUUGGAUGCGAGGAAAUUUUACAAGAGCUUAUGUAAAUACUUCAGAAGUUCUUUUUGCCUUGAGACGUGCUGUGCUCAGAGCAGUGGGUGACAUUGAGGGUUUCUCGUUUGCCAUUACGGAUUUUGAAGGUCUGCCUCAACCUCCAAUCACGGCUUGCAUGGUGGACGGUUCGACAUGGGAACCGAUAGUGAACGCUCUGCGAAGAGGCUUCUUCUGAAGACUUUAACUUUUUAAGAUUUUUCAUGACCAGUCAUACGUUUCUAGAGUUUUGUGUCAUUAUGUC